AUGAGGCGGCUGCGGCGCUGGGUGAUCGCGGCGCUGCUGCUGCUGCCGCUGCUGCCGCCGCCCGGUCUUGGGUCCUGGGGUCCUGCUGGAGCUCUGCGUUGGAGGGUCUCACCCCAAUUGUGGGGCCUGGAAGCCCCUGAGGUCACACAGCCCAGCCGUCUGGUGGGGGAGAGCUCCGGGGGAGAAGUCCGAAAGCAGCAGUUGGACACCAGGGUCCGCCAGGAGCCACCCGGCGGCCCACCUGUCCACCUGGCCCAGGUGAGUUUCGUCAUCCCAGCCUUCAACUCCAACUUCACUCUGGACCUGGAGCUGAACCAUCACCUUCUCUCCUCAAAAUACGUGGAACGUCAUUUCAGCCGAGAGGGGACAACCCAGCAUAGCACUGGGGCUGGAGACCACUGCUAUUACCAAGGGAAGCUCCGAGGGAAACCCCACUCCUUUGCCGCUCUCUCCACCUGCCAGGGGCUGCAUGGGGUCUUCUCUGACGGGAACUUCACCUACAUCAUAGAGCCCAGAGAGAUGGCUGGACCUCAGGAAGCCUCCCAGGGACCAUGUCCCCACCUCAUUUACCGGACCCCUCUCAUCCCAGCCUCCAUCAGAUGCAGGGAACCAGACUGCCUGUUCGCUGCCCCUGCCCAUUCUCCUCCUCCGAACCGGCCGAGACUGAGAAGGAAAAGGCAGGUCCGCCGGGGCCACCCUACAGUGCACAGCGAGACCAAGUAUGUGGAGCUGAUCGUGAUCAAUGACCACCAGCUGUUUGAGCAGAUGCGACAGUCCGUGGUCCUCACCAGCAACUUUGCCAAGUCCGUGGUGAACCUGGCAGAUGUGAUGUACAAGGAACAGCUCAAUACCCGGAUAGUACUGGUUGCCAUGGAAACAUGGGCAGAUGGGGACAAGAUCCAGGUGCAAGAUGACCUCCUGGAGACCCUGGCCCGGCUCAUGGUCUAUCGGCGGGAGGGCCUGCCUGAGCCCAGCGAUGCCACCCACCUCUUCUCGGGCAGGACUUUCCAGAGCACCAGUAGUGGGGCUGCCUACGUGGGAGGCAUCUGCUCUCUGUCCAGGGGUGGGGGUGUGAAUGAGUACGACAACAUGGGGGCCAUGGCGGUGACCCUGGCCCAGACGCUGGGGCAGAACCUAGGCAUGAUGUGGAAUAAACACCGGAGCUCAGCAGGGGACUGCAAGUGUCCAGACAACUGGCUGGGCUGCAUCAUGGAGGACACUGGGUUCUACCUGCCCCGCAAGUUCUCGCGCUGCAGCAUCGACGAGUACAACCAGUUUCUGCAGGAGGGCGGCGGGAGCUGUCUCUUCAACAAGCCCCUCAAGCUACUGGAUCCCCCUGAGUGCGGAAACGGCUUCGUGGAGGCAGGGGAGGAAUGUGACUGCGGCUCUGUGCAGGAGUGCAGCCGAGCGGGCGGGAACUGUUGCAAGAAAUGCACCCUGACUCAUGAUGCCAUGUGCAGCGACGGGCUCUGCUGUCGCCGCUGCAAGUACGAACCACGGGGUGUGUCCUGUCGAGAGGCCGUGAACGAGUGCGACAUCGCGGAGACCUGCACCGGCGACUCUAGCCAGUGUCCCCCUAACCUACAUAAGCUGGACGGUUACUACUGUGAUCAUGAACAGGGCCGCUGCUACGGAGGUCGCUGCAAAACUCGGGACCGGCAAUGCCAAGCUCUUUGGGGCCAUGCGGCUGCUGAUCGCUUCUGCUAUGAGAAACUGAAUGUGGAAGGGACAGAGCGUGGAAACUGUGGGCGCAAGGGGUCAGGCUGGGUCCAGUGCAAUAAACAGGACGUACUCUGUGGCUUCCUCCUCUGCAUCAAUAUCUCUGGAGCUCCUCGGCUGGGGGACCUAGGAGGAGACAUCAGCAGUGUCACCUUCUACCACCAGGGCAAGGAGCUGGACUGCAGGGGUGGCCAUGUGCAGCUGGCCGAUGGCUCAGACCUGAGCUACGUGGAGGAUGGCACAGCCUGUGGGCCCAACAUGCUGUGCCUGGAUCAUCGCUGCCUGCCAGCCUCUGCCUUCAACUUCAGCACCUGCCCGGGCAGUGGGGAGCACCGCAUCUGCUCUCACCACGGGGUCUGCAGCAAUGAAGGGAAGUGUAUCUGUCAGCCAGACUGGACAGGCAAAGACUGCAGUAUUCACAACCCCCUGCCUACAUCUCCGCCCACUGGGGAGACAGAGAAAUAUAAGGGUCCCAGUGGCACCAACAUCAUCAUUGGCUCCAUCGCGGGGGCUGUCCUGGUUGCAGCCAUCGUCCUGGGUGGCACAGGCUGGGGAUUUAAAAACAUCCGGCGAGGAAGGUCCGGAGGGGCCUAAGUGCCACCCCCUCCCUCCGAACCUGGUGCCCACGUCUCAGCCCUGAACCAGAAGGCUGCCCCUGCCCAGCCAUGGAGGGAGGCACCAUGCAAUGUCUUCCAGGCCCAAGCCUUUCAACUCCUGGCCCCAUGGAGGUUUGGGUGGGGGGCUGCGGCCCUGCCCUUCACACCACCAGGGUGGACCAGUCCAGAGGCAUUUCCCUCAUGGUCCCCCACCCACCUCAUGUGGCUUGGCCUUGCACACCAACUCUCCCUGUGUGAAUGUAGCUACCAUCAUCACAGAUUGCCAUAGCUCAAGUGGUAGGGGGAGGGCUAGAGGGAUGCCCCACUGGGCAUGGCCUGGGAUGGCCCUUCCUCAAAACCAGGCAGCUGGGACAGGGUUUUAGCUCUCUGGGACUUAGGGAGAGAGGGCUAAAAUCUACUUUUUUUUUUUUACUGAAUCUUAACUGAUGAAUGUAACUCUGGGGGUGCUGGGGCCAGGGCAGUUGUGGGGAUGUUUUGACAUUUGUGGGAGGGGCUGGAGGAACAGGGGCAUGGCCAUCCCGGGGGAUGGCCACACCUGGAAUCUUCUCACUGAAUAUUGACGUCCCCAAGCCAGGCAGGGGCCAGGCAUCCUUGCUUGCUCCCUCCUCUCAUCCCUGCUGAGCUUGGAGAGAAGUUUGAGUGCUGAUUCAAACCAAAGCUGCCUGUUCCGUGCCCGAGCCUAGAUUAUGGGUACGGCAACCACAUGUCCCGGAUUGUCUUCAAUUCUAAAAUGCCCACCGUGCUGUCCUUGGCAGGAUGCAUGUAUUUGAGGGUCUAGAAAAUACAGAUACAGUCCCUGAAAUAAAAUGGCACCUUCCCCCUUU